CUCGGGAUUUCUAGUAAUUUACUAGAUCGCAAGUAAUCCAGCAAGAAAACAUGCUCCGUGUGGCGUUGACUUUAGAAUUUUUAGAUGUUGAAUGAAAAGAGAUGCAUGAGCGAAGUAUAAAAAAGUUUAAUUAAAAAAAGCCAGUGAUUCAUUGGUCCUGAUGUUCUUUUCAGCUACGCUCUCUCUUUUAUAUUUUUUAUUUAUUCUCUUUCUCCUUAAAAUGCCAAAUUAUAUAUUUUAUUUUAUUUUAGGUACAAAAGGAGUAAUAUCUAAUAUCUGCAGCUACGAAGAAGGAAUUCGUUGAAAAUUGAUCCUAUAUUCCUAUUGCACUCAAAAUGAGAUAGACAGGUGAUAGGACGUUGGAGAGAAAAAGAGAGAAGAUGAAAAGUACAUCUACAAAGAACAGACCUUCCGGCAUCAUGUAUACACAACACUUUGAUAAAUAUCAUCGCGAUGGCGGCAUGCGGCAUGGCCUGCCGAUGAUUGGUAUCAUCGCAAUUUCGCCUUUUUUCUGUUAAAACCUUUUCUAUUGAAUUAACGAUUUAUAUUAAAAUACGGUUUAGAUUGUAGAGGUGAUGGUGGGCUACUUGAUGGCGUUGAAUUGUUUGUCCUAAUCUCAAAGCUCUGGAUUUACAAUGUCGUCGACAGAGUACGCGGAGCUGAAGCGUAUCGAUGAGUUACUACAAUGUGGGAUAUGCUAUGAGUACAUGGACACUAGUGUAAUAACAUCCUGCUCCCACAGUUAUUGUUCCUUGUGCAUUAGAAAGUAUCUGCAUUACAAAACCCAAUGUCCAAUUUGUUCUGAGGAAACUUACGAGAAAGAUCUGCGGAAGAACAAGCUCUUGGAUGAGAUUAUUAUUCAUUAUUUAAAUUUUAAAGAGAAACACGACAAGAAAUCUCAUGAUGAAAAAUUAUUGACUGCGAAGAAUGAUAACUCUGAAAUUGUGUGCUCCGCAAGCAAUUUUGAAUGUAAGAAAGAACAAGAUGUUCUUAAUGCAAUCGAGGUAUCACAUAAAAGUUGUGAUAGUCCAACACUCGCGGCUGGUAAUACCACACCUCGUGGACGAAAGGAUUAUCAGCAAGAUGUGUCCACUCCUAGCACCAGUACAGAUCUUAGAAUACCUUCAAUGUUUACGCCGAAGAGUAAAAAGGGUUUUCUAAAGGAAGAACGUCAGGUAGUUACAUGUCCAGUAUGCAAAGUGGAAGUGCCUCAAUGUAAUAUAAAUAGGCAUUUGGAUGAUUGUUUAAAAAGGGAGAAUAAAAAGGAUCAACCGAAAAAAAGCGAACCAAAACGUAAACCACUGCCAAAGCUAGUGUUAAGUUUAAUGAAGGAUAGUGUCAUACGAAAGAGACUGAAGGAAUUAGGCUUAUCGUCUCAAGGAGAUAGAAAAACAUUAGAGAGUAGAUUGCAGAAGUACACGGUGCUUUAUAACGCAGAAUGUGAUAAAACACAUCCUAGACCUGUUCCGGAAUUAAUUAAGCAAUGUGAAGAAGAAGAGAAUUUGGAGAAGAAAGUACAUAAAUUAUCAAAUAGAUUAAAUGUCAAUAGAAAUACAGACCAUAAUGUUAUAGAACAACAGAGAAAGAAGUAUCUGGCUACGAAUAAAGAUAGUUUUGACCAAUUAAUUGCAAGAGUUAAACAUGACGAUAGUUCACAAAAAGUAUCUGUUAGGCGAAAUAUAUUAAAUAAAGAAAAUUCUGAUAUUUCACAUAAUGAUCGUGUUACAGAAAACGAUUCGACUAUUAAAGAUGCUCAGAAAACUGAUUUUUUGCUACUGAAUUCUGCCAAUUAUAUCGAGGAUUCGGAUUCGAACAUAUCUUGCCCUUUGCAAACGUGUGUUAGCGAUAAUCCCAUGGAUUUUCUAACUGUAGAAUUAGCUUCCUCGUCUAACGAUUCCAUCGAUCAAUGUGCUUCCAAUCAUGAUAUCUCAAACCAUCUAAAUAAAACUAGUCCGGAUUUAUUUAAUUCUACUAUAAACACAGAAAAUAUAGAGAUCGAGAAACCUUCUGAAAGUAUUUUAACACGUGAAGAAAUAACUUUUGAUAAUCGAUCAAGACAGUGUAAUGUUUUGGAGAAUAAAAUGGAUAUUGACAACAAGAGAUCAGUUUCUGAACUAACCGAAAUAGAAACAGAAAAUGGAGAACAAACUAAAUUUAAGAAGCGUAAAAGUGACACGAUGUAUAGCUCGGAUAAAUGUGUUGCAUAUUCUGAGCCUAGAGAUAGAUGGCAGAAAGAAUUACACAAUGAAGAUAUAGAUUCAAUUACGGAAGAUAUCGAGCAUAUUAACGAAGACAGUGACAGUGAUAUUGAUAUUCAGGAAGAUUAUGAGAGAUUAAAGCACGAGCAAUUAAAUAAAGCGAUGGAGUAUGCUUCUGGCAGCACAAAAUUCGAAAAAGAAAACAUGAAGGUAUUGGACAAAGAUCUAACAACUUGGACUCCUCGGAAACGGGAACGCGAAAUGGCAUUUGUGUUAAGCGAUGAAGAAAAUAUUGCAGAUAGGACGAUAAAUGCUAGGAAAUCACCUCGGCUUGGGCUUAGCGAAGUUAAGGGAUUUAAUAAUGAAAACUUCGGCGAAACUGCGCGGGAUGAAGAAAAAUCACAAAGUGAGAAGGAGCAGUCGCAGUUCCCCUUCGGCAGAAUCCCGCAAGAACGAGUGACUCCUUAUCUCCGCACAUUCGUCAGGGGAUGUUUAUCUGGAUGGCAUCUGCGAAUAUUUCUCGACGGCAGUCUUUUGUAA